CUUGACAAGAAAAAGUUGAAGAGGCAAAAGAAAGAGCUACCAUGCCCUUUUAGCCAAAAAGGCGGCCAUUUCUAAAAGUGUGUUGUUAGAAAUAUUAAAUCAUGUUUUAGUCGAUUAACGAUGCUUGCUUCAUUACGUGAUGCUUAGUCAAGCCCAUGUUAAGCAGCACUAUAUAAGUUUCAGCUCAUUAAGCUUCUGUCAUCUCUCUCUCUCUCUCUUUCUCUCUCUUGUUCCUUAAGCGUCCAUCUCGUCUUCACUCAUUUCAUUCUUCCAUGGAACUUGAAUUCCCAAAGGACAUAUGCAGAUUCGAUCCAAUAUAGUAUCUGAUACUGAAGAGUGAAGGUAUCGUAUUCGUAUCAAGGAUCAUAUGUCAUGAAAUGAAUAUGACUCCAAUGAUUCGUUUGAUUCUGGCUUUCAUCACAACUGCUGCUCUUCUCUCGGUUUCUGUUGGAGAUGAUGCAACAGAAUCCUACUGGCUCCAGAGGAUUAAGUCGGAACUAUCCGAUCCUUCGGGAUUUCUACAGAACUGGUCACCAGAGUUUCCAACCUGCAGCUGGAAUGGACUUACAUGUUCAUUCGAUGGGGCCCACAUGGUCGGAGUGAACCUCUCCGGUUCAGGAGUCUCGGGUUCGAUCUCGCCUGAUUUCUCCCGCCUUGGUUCCCUUGAAAUGCUGGACUUGUCAUCGAAUGCACUCACUGGGCCCAUCCCUCCCGCCCUCGGGAGUCUCCAGAAUCUCAAGUCCUUGCUCCUCCACUCCAACUCUCUCUCUGGUGAGAUUCCAAAGGAGAUAGGCCUCUUGAAGAACCUUCAGGUGCUUCGAAUAGGUAACAACCUGUUAACCGGUGGAAUUACACCGGAAAUUGGGAAGUUGGCGGAGUUGAGAGUUCUGGGUCUUGCCUACUGCCAGUUCAGUGGGAGUAUUCCCACUGAUAUUGGUAGCUUGGAGAAGCUGACUUCGCUCGACUUACAGAGCAACAGCCUCAGCGGUGGAAUUCCUGAUGAGAUUGGAGGCCUCGAAGCUCUUCAGAACUUUGCAGCUUCGAACAACUUGCUCGAGGGCAGCAUUCCUUCUUCACUGGGACUCCUCGAAUCUCUGCAAAUCCUGAACUUGGCAAAUAACAGCCUGUCCGGGCACAUUCCCGUCGAGCUGGGUCACCUCUCCAAUUUGCAGUACUUAAAUCUCCUUGGUAACGGACUUUCAGGUGAAAUCCCAUCAGAGCUGAACCAGUUGGGUCAGCUUCAGAAGCUCGACUUAUCGAAGAACAACCUCUCAGGACCGGUAAACUUCCUAGGCAGCCGGUUAAAGAACCUUGAAGUUCUGGUCCUGUACGAUAAUGUUCUGACUGGUGGAAUACCAGACAAUUUCUGUCCAGUAGGUUCAAGCUUAAAGCUCCUCUUCCUAGCCCGUAACAAACUCUCAGGGACAUUUCCUGCAGAGUUGCUGAAGUGUUCCUCGCUUCAACAGCUCGAUAUUUCUGAUAACAGCUUUGAGGGUGCCUUACCAGCGAGUAUCGAUCAGCUGGAGAACCUGACUGAUCUCUUGCUCAAUAAUAACAGCUUUACCGGGACAAUUCCUCCGGAAAUCGGGAACCUCAGCAGCCUGGACAAUCUCUACCUAUUCGAUAACAGGUUGACAGGAGGAAUCCCGAGGGAGCUCGGAAAGCUACGUAAGCUGAGCAGCCUCUAUCUUUAUGAUAAUCAGAUGUCGGGAAAUAUCCCAAGGGAGCUCACCAACUGCACGAGCCUAACAGCAGUUGAUUUUUUUGGGAACCACUUCAGCGGGUCCAUCCCCGCCAUGAUAGGGGACCUCAAAAGCCUUGUCGUGCUUCAACUGAGGCAGAAUGAUCUAUCGGGCCAGGUACCCCCGAGCCUGGGUUAUUGUGAGAGCCUCAGGCUGUUGGCUUUGGCUGAUAACAAGCUUUCUGGUACACUGCCUCCCACAUUCAGAUUCCUUUCCAAGCUCAGCACCAUCACACUCUAUAACAAUUCCUUCGAGGGCCCACUACCUGAGUCUCUCUCCCUUCUGAAGAAUCUCCGGAUCAUAAACUUCUCCCACAACAAGUUCAGUGGAUCGAUACGGCCUCUGUUGGGGACGAGCUCAUUGACUGCUCUGGACUUGACGAAUAACAGCUUCUCAGGCCCCAUUCCUGCCGAGCUGUCCACAUCAAUAAACUUAAGUCGCCUCCGCCUCGCACACAAUCGACUCUCAGGUGAAAUUCCUCCACAGUUGGGUCAGCUCUGGAAACUCAACUUCCUUGAUUUAUCGUUCAACAAGCUCUCUGGAGAAAUCCCACCUCAGCUCUCAAACUGCACAGAGGUCGAGCAUCUCCUGCUAGGUAACAACAGGUUCACGGGAAUGAUUCCUCCUUGGCUCGGUGGUCUAGGUGAACUCGGGGAGCUGGACCUCUCGUCCAACAGCUUCCACGGAAUCAUACCAAAGGAGAUAGGAAGGUGCUCAAAGCUCCUAAAGCUCUCCCUUCACAGCAAUAGCCUAUCGGCGAAGAUCCCAACGGAGAUCGGAGACCUGGGCUCUCUCAACGUCCUCAACCUGCAGAGGAACAACCUCUCUGGCUCCAUCCCUACGACGAUCCAACAGUGCAGGAAACUCUUCGAGCUGAGGCUCUCAGAGAACCUCCUGACAGGCCCGAUUCCACCAGAGCUGGGGAGGUUGAGUGAGCUCCAAGUAAUCCUGGACCUGAGCAAGAACUCCUUCUCUGGUGAAAUUCCGUCAUCUCUAGGAAACCUGAUGAAGCUAGAGAGGCUAAACCUGUCCUCCAAUCAGCUCUCAGGACAAGUCCCGGCUUCUCUAGGCAAACUCACAAGCCUCCAUGUGCUGAACCUCUCGGAGAACAAUCUCCAGGGACAGCUUCCUAGAACCUUCUCCGGGUUCCCCAGUAGCUCCUUCUUAGGAAAUGAGAGGCUGUGCGGUCCUCCGCUCAGAUCAUGUCCCUCAUCCCAGAGCCCGAAGAGAGUGCUCUCGAACAGGGAAGUUGCAGGGAUCAUAGUCGGGAUCGUCUUCACUUCCACAAUCAUUUGCUUCAUCCUGCUCUACAUCAUGCUCAGGAUCUGGUCUAACUGGAGGAGAGUCUCCAUUUCAAGCUCUGAAAAGGGAAGCGGAGGAGCUGAGCAUAAGAUCAGGGAAGAGGUCUGGGCCAUUGGAGACGAUGAGAUAUGCGAGAAGAAGAGGAGAAAUGGCGAGUAUUGGACGGUCAACUCGAUCCCGGUUCCUUCCAAAGACAAGAAGAACUCAUCCAAUAAUCCCACCUGCAUUUUCCAACUCAAAGUCGAUCCGCAGAGCUUAGACAGUACUUUGGUUUAGUGUACCUUUUGUUAAUCUUGUCUUUCUUAGUUUGGGGGGUAUUUUCUUUCUUGAUUCUCUGUCUUAAAGGAAGUACAAACUAGGAAAAACUCAUCCAUUCAAUCUGUAAAAGGUGUCAGUUCUUCGGGCGAGAUCCUCCCCGGUUUUGCUGGACAGUUCAGUUCAGUUCAGCAACUUCACUUCAUCUGCACUGCAGAGAGCAGCAGAUUAUAAGAUUUCACUGAGAUGUAAUGGAAACAUUACAAUACAUACA